AUGAAUGGCAUUAUUCAUCACUGUUCCCAUCCAAAUGAUACGGAUGCACAUUUUCGUGUUUCCGAAGACAAAAUUUUCCUUGAUAUAUUUAACUAUAUCGAUCAUUUAUUUACCAAAAUAAAACCGAAAAAACUAUUUUUUAUGGCCAUCGAUGGCGUUGCUCCAAGGGCCAAAAUGAAUCAACAACGUGCUAGACGUUUCAGAACCGCUAAAGAAUCCGCAGAAGCUGUCAAAAAAGCCGAAUCUAAGGGUGAAUCGUUGCCUAAAGAGGCGCCUUUUGAUAGCAAUUGUAUUACACCAGGCACAUUAUUUAUGGAAAAACUUUCACGCCAGCUCAAAUAUUUUGUAAAUAAGAAAGUAACAGAAGACUCGAAUUGGAGAAACAUUGAAAUAGUACUUUCUGGUCACGAAGUACCGGGUGAGGGAGAACAUAAAAUUAUGGAAUAUAUUCGUAACACGAAAGCCCAAGAGAAUUACAAUCCCAAUGUUAGACAUUGCCUUUAUGGAUUGGAUGCUGAUUUAAUUAUGCUUGGACUUUUAAGUCAUGAUCCACAUUUUGCUUUACUCAGAGAAGAGGUCACUUAUGGACCAAGUAGCAGAAAGAAAAAACCAGGACGGGUUGAAUCUCAAAAUUUCUACCUCAUGCAUUUAUCAUUAAUGCGUGAAUAUUUGGAUCUUGAGUUCGGAGUACUUAGGGAUAAUCUUCCUUUUGAAUAUGAUCUCGAAAGAAUAAUAGACGAUUUUGUCUUGUUAGCAUUAUUUGUCGGCAACGAUUUUUUACCACAUUUGCCCAAUCUUCAUAUAGCUGAAGGGGCACUUGGUUUGAUGUUUCACGUGUAUAAAUCAGUUUUACCGGAUGCCGGUGGUUAUAUUAAUGAUGGAGGGAAAUUAGAAUUGAGCAGACUUGAGAUGAUAUUUAAAGUAUUAUCUAAUUUUGAAAGAAAUAUUUAUGAAGGUAAUAUGGAAGAUUUAAAAUGGUUUAAAGGAAAGAGGAAAUUUCCGGAUAUGUUGGAGAAAGAUAAAAAAAAGAAAUUAAUACUAACGCCAAAACAAAGAGAAAUCUAUGAUCAGGUCAAAAAAUUAGUAGUAUCACGUUCUUCGGAAUCAAUUCACUUUCCUGUUGAUUAUCCCGCAAGAGAUCGUAAUUUUAUACAGAAUCUUGCUAAAGACUUUGGUAUCAAGUGUUUAUCUGAAUACGAUGAAGUUACGGAAGAAAAACAUUUAUACGUUGAAUAUGGUUCAGAAGAUGGGUCAGACAAUGAAAUGAGACAUAAGACUUUUAAGAAAUAUGAAGAGGCAAAUAUUGUUGAUGAUGGUGAUGUCGAAGCAUUUGAAGAAAGAGAAAGACAGAAUGAAGAAGAUAAAUUUAUUAAGUGGAAGAGAGAUUAUUAUGGAAAUAAACCAAAGAUUGAUUAUGACGAUCCAGAACAGUUGGAUAGAAUUGUCGGUUCAUAUAUCGAAGGAUUACAAUGGGUUUUGCAUUAUUACUACAGGGGUGUGGCAUCUUGGGGAUGGUUCUAUCCAUACCACUACUCGCCAAAGAUUUCAGAUUUACAUGAUUUGGAGAGAUUCAAUAUUAAUUUUGAAAUUGGAAGGCCAUUCAAGCCGUUUGAACAAUUAAUGGGUGUAUUGCCCGAAGGAAGUAAAAAUCUUAUACCCAUUCCAUAUCAGGAUUUGUUGACUAAUCCUAACUCUCCAAUAAUAGAUUUUUAUCCCCAAGAAUUCGAACUUGAUAUGAAUGGUAAAAAGCAGGAUUGGGAAGCGGUAGUUAAUAUACCAUUCAUUGAUCAAAAAAGAUUAGUCGCUGCUUUGAACGACAAGGAAGACGAAUUGUCCGAAGAAGAAAAGCAAAGGAAUAGUUUUGGUGACAGCCUUUUGUUUACAUAUGAUCCAAGUCUGGACGAAAAUUACCCUUCUUCAUUACCAGCAAAUAACAAUCACGUCAUUCAAACGUUAUAUAGAAACGAAACUAUGGUUAUUACAUUAAUUAAUCAAUUUGCAGAUAUGUCAACUGAUGAUUUGGCUCGUGAAAAACUUGGCAAGAGGAUAUUUGUUGGUUGGCCUUUUCUUCAAGAGGGAACAUUACAAGCUAUAUCUGAUGAAACUUUUAAAUACGUGUGGUACACACCACCCAAUGGGCAAUCUUAUGUUGACAAAUAUCCCCAUAAACAAGAGGAUUGGCGACGGAAGGCCGAUAAAUGCGAACAAGUGUAUAGUAAAAGAUAUGGGACAGUAACUGGAACAGUGGAUGUUAUUGCUCAUGUUUCGGUGCUUAAAGGUAUGAAAAGAUUGCAAAGUGGCGCUUUAGUUAAAGAAUAUGCUAACGCUGGGGAGGAGAUCGAUUAUGCAAUGCAGACGACAGUGGAUGGUGUUGAAUGUGAGGAUCCUAGAUAUAAAGAAAAACCUGCUAUUUCAUUAGCCGAGGAGUUUCCAAUUGAAACUCGACUAUUUUAUUUGGGUAGUCCUUAUUAUGGAAGUCCUGGAAUAAUAAUUCAACAUACUGAUAAGUUCCUGUCCGUAAAGAUGAUUGUUGAUAAAAAUUAUCAAAAAGAACCAGAUUUCGGUCCAGAAAUUGCAAGAAAAUUUUCUAGUCGGACCAAAUAUCUUCCUUCUUAUGCCGUUGCUAAAAAAUUGGGUAUGACUGGUUUAACUUUAAGCAAAUUGACUGCCAGUUUGCAUGUUAGUUGUAAAUCAACCGAUCAGCGUAUCAAUCUUGGCCUUAAUUUAAAAUUUGAGGCAAAGAAACAAAAGGUAUUGGGAUAUACCAGGAAGACCAAAGAUUCUUGGGAGUAUAGCGAAAGAGCAAUGCGCAUUUUGGCAGAAUAUAAGGAUAAAUUCCCAGAAUUUAUUCAAGCUUUAGAACAUAAGCAUAAAGAUGAAAUAUAUACUGCAGAAGACUUUUAUCCCAAAGAAGAAGCCGUGUCCAAAAUCCAUGCUAUCAAGGAUUGGCUUAGAACCGUUGAAGUAAGGGAUUUUGAAAAGGUAUCAUUGGAUGCAGAGCAAUUAGAUAAGGAAGCGAUAAAAGAUAUAGAAAAAGCUGCUGAUGAGUUUCUUGAACAACGUAAACUCACUAAAAUUGAAGUUAAAAAAUUAUUGCGACAUCAAUUAUUAAAACCAUCUCAUGCAUCAACGAUAUUGCAAAACCAAAAUUUCAACCUCGGUGAUCGAGUCGUUUUUGUUAAAGACACCGGAAGUGUACCCAUCGCAUCAAAAGGUACAAUCGUUGGAAUUGAAAAAACCAAUAUCGAUGUGGUCUUUGAUACCACGUUUAUGAGUGGGUCCACGUUAAGCGAUAGAUGUUCAAAUUAUCGAGGAAUGACCGUUCCUUCUAACUCUUUACUUAACUUGUCAAGGCCACAAUUCCUUGAUCGUCAUCCAAAUAAUGGAAAUGGUGGUGGAUCAAGACAUGGAUCAGGUUCUUAUUAUCAAUCGACAGUUCAAAAUGGACAUAAUAUGUUUCAUAAUUCAUACCCUCAUUAUAAUUCCUACUCGAAUCGUGGAAGUGGUAGAGGCGUUGUGCAUUCUUCGAAUAAUCACCCUACGAAUGGUUCAUAUCAUCGUCCUCGUGGAUCGAAUGGUUACAUAUCAACGCAUCAAAAUCGAUCACGUUCAGUUGGUUCACAAUCUUCUACAAAAUAUAUAGGAGGAGCCGUUGUUUAUCGUGGCUUUAAUGGUAAUUCAAGAGGUUCAAAUGGGAACGGUUCUUUAUUUAGAGGUCGUGGAGGACAUUUUGGUAAUGGUUUACCAUCACGAGGGCGUGGAAGAGGUGAUGGGAAAACAUAA